AUGAUGGGUGUUCUGGAUUCUACUGCAAGCGCGUCUACACCUGAAACCGCAUCUGCAGUUUAUGUUGGUGAGCAUCUAAAGGCUACAGUGGAAUGCUCAGAUGAGGCACUGCGUAAAUUCAAGUGUUCCGAAUGUCCGAAAGCAUUCAAAUUCAAGCAUCAUCUCAAAGAGCACAUCCGCAUUCAUUCGGGUGAAAAACCCUUCCAGGUUGGUCUUUUGUUAUGUCCGCAUUGUCAAAAGCGAUUUUCACAUUCUGGAUCGUAUUCAUCUCAUAUGAGCAGUAAGAAGUGUACGGCAGCCGCUCAAGCAGCAUCGUCGAACCUGGCGACGGCCUUCAGCGAUCAGCUGACACUUUACCGAGCUCUGAUACAACAACUACAAACCGCACAAACGUUUGCAUCGUAUUCCAAUCUGAAUCCGUAUACUGCGUUCAUACAACAACAACUUUUGCAGGUAUCUAAUGUGUCGUCACCAAAUCUGUCAUCGCCAUCGCUCCUUCCCAGUUAUUGGACGUCUCAUCUAAUGGAUCUGAGCGGUGAUGGAGGAUUGUUGAGUGAUACAAAAUCGGAUGUGAAAAGUAUUGGUGGAGCAGUUGAAUCGAAACUGAAGGUCAAAGAAGAAAACACUCAUAUUGAUCAACAUCGGAGUGAUGCGAUGACAAACAAGACGACCCCAACUACGCCAGAUGGGAUUGGCUCUGAGAUGGCAUGCUCAAAAGAUGAUCUCGACAUGUCGAUUGGCUCGAACGAGAUGGAUUGCAGCUCAGGGAUCGAUGAUGCAUCAAAAUUAACCAAUACCAUUUACAGUAAUCGUAACAGUGCUAAUAGCCAUCGUAGUAAUAACAACAAUGAAACAUGGCGACCACUAAGGUCAAGAUCUUUCCUGACGGAUGCUCAAGUUGGUAUUUUGCUGACACAUUUCAAACGUAAUCCUUUCCCGUCCAAAUACGAACUUUCGGCUGUUGCUGAACAAAUCGGUGUCAAUAAACGUGUCGUACAGGUGUGGUUCCAAAAUACGCGAGCCAAAGAACGACGGAGUAAUCGUUUGGGAACAGCGAAUGAUCGUUACGGACGUUCCGGAUGGGGUUUGACGGCGCAGUCGCGGACUGCAAUUAGUAACAAUAAUGUCAACGAUUCCAUGCAAUUGAUGGCAACCGCAUGGGCACAACAUUGCUCAUCGAUCGUUGGUUCAGCUAAGGAUGAACGCAAGGGAAAUGUUGUUGAAACGUUGCCGAAAGAGGAACCAUUAGAUGGAACUUGUGCAGAUUCACCGUUGGAUUUAUCCGUGAAAGAUUCCGUAACGCCACGAUCCGAUGUUCUAUCGCCAGCUUCAGCUAGUCAUUGUUCAGCUCAGGAUGAUCCGGAACCACCGUGGUCAGCCGCAAACCUUAUAGUCUUUCAUCGUAUGGUGUGUCAGCUAAUUUCAGGGUUCGUUCAGAAAGGCAGUGAAAGUAUCCGUGAAGCGCUUUUACAAGCUGCAAAGGGGCGUCCGGUGACGCCAGCUGGCGAUUCGACCUCGCAUUCAGAAGGUGGUGGCGAUACAGCUUCUGAAGCUGGUACCACAGCUGACAGUCCGAUAACGUCAUCCUCUUCUGGAAUUUGGCCCAGUAACAUCUAUCUAUCGCAAUAUUCUAUGCUUGGUACGAAUGGUUUGGCUGGACUUCAAAAAGUUCUUGAGCAAGGAGAUGAUAUCGACGAGAAUGCAUCGGAUAUAUCGAGCAGUGAGAAACGUGAACGUCAAAGCUGGAAACUGCAUCGUACCGAAGAAGAAGGUCUCUAUGCAUGCGAUCAGUGCGACAAAAUGUUCGGCAAACAAAGCUCGCUCGCAAGGCACAAAUAUGAACAUUCUGGCCAACGACCGUAUAAAUGUGAUGUUUGCGAUAAGGCUUUCAAGCAUAAACACCAUUUAACCGAGCAUAAACGUUUACAUUCUGGUGAAAAACCAUUCCAGGUUUGA